UCUAGCAGGUGUGUGACGCACGCUAACCGAUACUUACACUAAACAUCCCUGAAAAAACAGCCACAGCAGAAGCAGCAGCAGAAAUAGCAACGAUAACAACUUCUACUAGUAAAGCCUUUAACGGGAUAAAAAAGACAAUGCAAUAAGCAAAAAUCACGAGUAGCAGGUGACAAAUGUUAGUAAUCAGCUAGAGUGAAUGUUAAAAUCAAUUGUAGGAUAUCAUCGCAACAGCAGUUAUCAAAUAGAAAAUGCUGUUUUAAUCGCUUAGGUAGCGACAAGCAAGCUAUCUUUAUCGUUCAAUAUCGGCAUGUGAACGAUAAGCGAGCUUCAAGCUGGCUUCAGGCCGGAUACCCGAGACAUUCCAAUUCUGUGACAACAACAAUAACACGAAAGGUGGUUGAUCUAAAAGUGAGUUUAUCAUCCGCAUCCAUAGCAGCUACGUGUCUGUAUAUGUUCUUCCUUGUAUAUGCAUGUGAGUGUAAACUACGUUCAAAUCUCUGAGCCUUCAUUAUAAACAAAGCGAAAAAGGUUGCACUGCCUCGAAAGCCACGUGACCGAAUCUGGAUCUCUUCUUCUUCAAGGAGUUAACUUGAUAACGGAAGCAGUUCAUCCAAGUUCAAUAUAUUGUCAGUAAAUCACCAUUGAUCGUCUUCCGUGUGGUUGUUAGGCUCCUUUGGCGCUGCCAUUCUCAGAUAGAACUUCGACCUGUGAGUUUAACGUUUCACCAGCAGAGAUCGGCGUUGUCUUGCCGCUGGCGGCUGUCCUUUCUGCGGCAGAGGCAAUCCUGUGGUAGCUCUUGUUAUUGUGAUUGUGCUGCCGCUGUGGUCGUGUUAAGAGUCAACGGACAGCCGAGAGUUGCGUCGUCGAGCGCGUCGAGCGCCCACCGCGCGGAAGGUGGCGACCCUCGAGGAGCACCCGGUUGCCGGGGUGACGUACCCGCAAAGCCAGAGCAACGCCAUCGCCGUUGUGCGCUCCGUCGGCGUAGGUGUCAUCACCCCGAACAACAACUGGCUUUGUGCCAGUGAUGACGUCUCCGUCAUUGCCCCGAAGGCGCCGACCACGUCGCCUGCGCCAUUUUUCGACUAUUAUGGCUCCCUCAGCUGUCAUCCGCCGGCUGCUGCGGCAGCAACGACAGCCACAGCGGACACAGACGUAACCAACCCCCAUUCCGAUGAUGAUGACACGACGAUAGAUUCGCUAGAUAGAAUGGAGGCACCGCCUGGCGGUCAUCUAGCCAAUACCAAUGGCUCGCAACAACAACAGCAGCAGCAGCAGCAGCAGCAGCAGCAACAACAUCCCUCUGUCGUUCACCAGAUGACUGGAGCCCCAUCAGGUCCGACAGCUGCGUACCAUCACCCCGGGCCACAAGGGCCGGGAGGCGGCGGCGGUAGCGACUUCGAUUUGGAUCAUCUUGAGGACGUCGUUAAACAGGAAAUGGUCCCCGAUGCCGAUGAGUUUCGCGCCAUGCAAGCCCGUUCCGGCGGCAAUGCGGGCCAGCAGGUUCUCGUGCUAAGUCAGAUGGAGCAGCCGGGUACACCACCAGAAACACCCCCCGACCAUCCCGAGGGAUUGUUGUGGCUUCAGCAGCAGUCCAACCUUUGCGGAACGGGGCAAACACCUCGGCGAGAACUUCUUGACCUGCGGCCAGAAAAUGUUGAUGCUUGGGUUCAUCUGCAGCGGCGCGAUUAUCUGGAAGGCUGCCCAGGACAAUUGGGCCAGCUUGGUGUACCGGGUGUAGGCAGUGUGGCGAUGUCACCCAGAGGCGGACUGAUGCCUCAGCAUGGCACACAUGGAGCGCCAAUGGGACAGCACAUGAUAUCCGGCGGGGGGUCACCCCUCGGGCCGGGACAGGCUGUUGGCGGGGGCGGACAAAACGGCGCCGGUGGCCGCGAUAUCUUGGACGACGACUUGUUGGUCUCGCUGUCUGUGCGCGAACUCAACAAACGCCUCCACGGAUUUCCGCGGGAGGAGGUGGUUCGCCUCAAGCAGAAGCGUCGAACUCUAAAGAAUCGCGGCUAUGCGCAAAAUUGUCGCACGAAGCGCCUGGCAAAACGUCACGAGCUCGAGAGCCGAAACCGGCUCCUACAAGCGGAAGUGAACCGAUUACGCCAGGAGCUAGAACGGACUUGUCAGGAGCGGGACUUCUACCGGCAACAAAUGGCGCUUGGAGGUGGCAGCGGAAGUGCACCGGCCGGAGGACCAGGUGGCAGCGUUGUACAACAGUCUGGCGGCAGUGGGAACACCAGCGGUCCAUCAUCAGGUGGCAAUCAAAACCAUUCCACACAGAACGGUCAGCUGAUGCUCCAGGGCGGGCCACAGGUGAUCCAGCAGACUCGUAUGCAACCACACGGGCCCCAUGUCGGACACGGCAUGGGGCCCACGCAUGGGGCUCAUCCACCACCGCACCUAGGGCAACAUCAUGGCCCCACAGGGCACGGCCAGCAUGGAGGGCCGGGCGGAGGUCCUCCCCAUCAAGGUCAUCAGGGCGGAUCGCUGUCGAGUGGCGCAUCAUCAUCGCCAUCAUCACCCGAGUUCUACAUGUGAUCCCGGCCGCUCUGCAGAAUUGCCUGCAGAUAAAACUAGAUGAAGAGAGGUGAAUCUAAUAUUUUUAGUUGAGUGAUGACGAUAACGACGACGAUGAUCAUAAUGAUGCUAGCGUGAAGGCGCUCUCCGACAAACGUCAGCUGAAUGGGAACGAGCUAAAGCAAAAAUGGUGAUUAUGGAUUCAGAGAGACGGCAGAAACAAAAGGAGACAACUGAUCUCAGCGGAUGACCAGAGGACGCUUUCUUCAUCUUCGAAGUUUUUGCUGAGUGUCAUUGAUUGGCGAGGACGAUGCCGACUGUACAUAGCGCGCCAUUAUAACUUUGAACACAUGCGAAACCCGACGGGAUGACAACAUGACAUGAUGACGUUACAGACCUAUUUCACAGUGUUCAUUAUACACUCAUCAAAUAAUCACUCAAGCAAUCAACGCUGAACCAGCUGAAUCAGUCAAUCAAUCGCAAUUCAUAUACAGAAACAUCCCACUAAUAAUAACAAAGUCAGCGAGCACCAGCCGGACCGAGGGACGCGAAUGUAAAGUGCGAAACCGGUAGGUUAGGCCUAGCCGCUACGGAAAAGAAGACUGAACACGGGACGUGAAAAUAACACUGCUAAAAAACGCGACCAUAGCAACGGCUGAAAAUCAAUGAGGGAAGUCCGAAGGCAUGUUGAAACCUGAAGGGUCUUGAAGAACUCUCAAGAGUGUCGACAGAUCGCGGGGGACCUAGGUUCCUCGGGACAGUUCGUAUCUAUGUGUUCAUUCAUAUGAAGUAAAUAGGAGGCAAAAUAUUUCAGCAUGUAUUGUACUCUAUAUGAAAAAUUAAUAAGUUCUGUUAUCAACUUUCUUGGAGAGAAAUCCACGAAGAACUGGGGUUUCUUUCAUUCCCUGAUCCUUCAUUAGCAACACAAACAUAUUUACACAUAUACAUCUAUAUUACAUAGCGUACAUCAGCUUGAUGCGUCUGUUCCUUGAAUGCAUAUCGAUCGAGGAACGAACGAGUGAAAUACACGAAAUUGACCUCAUACAGGCUGCAAGGUUAGUUUUAGCAAAGAGCAUUUCAUACAGACUUCAGUUAAUCUGAGACCCAACAGAAAGCCUAUUUUUUUUCUGUUCAGUGGGACGAACGUUCGUGAGGUCAAAAAAAAGUGGUGAAGUUUUAACCGAAACAGGCUAGUUGUCUAACUGAAGUUUGGUCUUUCCGAUGCGUAAAGUUGUAAUGCUUACCAAUAAAUCUGUGCAAUUAGCCGAUCACAGUCAAAAUAAAUAAAUAAAUGUUUGACAGUAUUCGUGGAACUUCUCGAAUUCUAGCCACCGAAAAGUUCCAGCUGAACAUUACUUGUAACUAAAAAGAACUUGAAGAGGUCCCGCCCGUGCUAAACUCACUGUUUUGGAGAACACCUCACUGCGUGGUUGCUAUUCCCACCGAAUUAUACCCUCUGUUGUAUAUGUACUUAGUCUUUGUAUUAUGUGUCCUGCAGGGCACAUUUUUCACACAGAGGAAAAUUUAGGCGGGAACUAGACAAAGGUAAAUGUCGCAAGCGUGAACGAGACGGUGAUUACAAAAAAAAAAAAACAUUGACGCAUUUGCUGUAUUUGCUUCUAUAUGAAUAGGCAUUUGAGCACGAAGGUCGAAGCAAUGAAAACUAUAUAUAUAUAUAUAUAUAUAUAUAUAUAUAUAUAUAUAUAUAUAUAUAUAUUCAUAACUGUGAGCAGACGGCCUCGGUCAGAUCUGGCGGCCAUUAAUGAAGAAGAGGUUCUCUUUUUGACAAAAGCAGAUAAGAGUACCAACUAUCAGUAGUCUGCUGAUACUAUCACAACCGUAAAUAAUACCAAAUGAAAGAGAGACAGCGUAUAUAUAUAUAUAUACAUAUAUAUAUAUAGAAUACAAUGUGCAAUAGAUAAAAAUGGAGAGAGAAUUUAGAACGUUUGGGUGCCGACUGCUGAUUGCAUAGGUGCACUGUAAUCUUUACAAGCUGAAAUAUGGAAGGCAAUGAGCGAUGUAAAAUCGUGCGAUUUUCUGGGAAUGGUAUUGGAAGACUAUGGGAUAGGGUGGGGUGAUCAUUUGACUGGGCGGGAUUAUUUGGGAUGUAUAUAAAGCGCGCGCCGUAAGUGGCGUACUGGGAAGAUUUUGGGUACUUUAAGGUGAAGAGGAUGGAAGACUGUCGAGGAAAAGAAGACACGCUAACAUAAUCACCACACGGCGUUACUAAUAAACAGAAUAAUGGUGACAGACGAUGCCAGAUAAAAAAAAAAAGGUAAAAAGCGGAGAGACGGAAAAGGAUGGAGCGGAAAUGAUAACGAGACCGAGAAAAAGAAAAUAUCUGCGAUAAUAUAUUUGCUUAAAUAAAAAAGCAACGUAUGUUAAAACCUA